AAGCUUGAUAAGGGGAUCUGCUACAAUUAUUCAGAGACAGAGUCACAAACCUCUUUCGUUCUUUCUCUCUCCGAUUCUCUUUUCAUUCGGCGAACUCUGUUCGGAUCAGAGAAACCAACAGAAGGGAAUCUCCGACAGCCGCCGUCACCGUCACCGUCACCGUCGUAAUCAUGGUCGAAACCAGACGCAGCUCUUCCGUUUCGUCUUCUUCCUCCAAGCGCUCUCUUCCUUCGCCUUCUUCUCCCAACGCUAAACGAUCAAAGGUGACCCAGGACGCCGCAUCAGUUGUUCUUCCCUCUGAGGAGAUUCUCGAUGCUGCCAACGAAUCUGGGAAUGGAUCUGGUGACUCGGACCUACGUUCCUCUGAUCUGCAAGAUACGAGUUCGUUGAAGGAGGUUGUGAACGUUUGCGAUGCAGACAAGUCUCCUUCUCCGCCCGUUGAAGAGGUGGUCAUCGCCUUGCCGGAGUCUUUGGACGCCAAAGAAGCCGACAAGACCGAGGUGGCUGGCGCCGCCGCCGCUGCCGUAGACGAGCUUCCUCGUUCAAAGAAACGCUCCGCUAAUUCUGCCAUGGCAGGACCGAAGGUCACUUGGGGGAUGCUUAUCUCUCAGUGCUCAGAGAAUCCUCAUCUCACCUUGUGUGAACCUCUGUUCACUGUGGGUCAAGGCCGUCAGUGCCAUUUGUGGCUUAAAGAUCCAGCUGUUAGUAAUGUUUUGUGCAAGUUGAGCCACAUUGAGCAUGGUGGUUCAUCUUUUGCGUUACUAGAAAUCACAGGGAGUAAAGGUACUGUUCAAGUUAAUGGCAAGAUGUAUCGAAAGAAUGCCCGAGUGGUUUUGAGCGGAGGUGAUGAGGUGGUCUUCAACAUUUAUGGCAAGCAUGCUUAUGUGAUAUAUAUAUGUCAGCAGCUCACCAAUAUUAAUGCUACUACUGGUGUGCCUUCUCUGAGUAUUUUAGAAGCCCAAAGUGAUCUAAUAAGAGGAAUGCAGAUUGAAGCUAGAUCUAGUGACCCUUCAACUGUUGAUGGAGCAUCGAUGUUGGCCUCUUUGUCUAAUGUUCACAAAGAUAUAUCAAUCAUCACACCUUCUGGUAAAACUUGCAAUAAUGUCCAACAAACUGCUGGAGUUUCAUCAUUAUCUCCUGGCAAUGAGGAUGGCAUUCCAGAUAAUACAGUGAAGGAUGGUACUAGCAUUAAUGAACCAGCAGGAGUUUUUUCCGCUGAGAAAACUGUUCCUGCAUCCUCUACAACUGUUGAGAAAAAUUCUAAUGUUGAUAGCAUGGCAAGUUCUACUCUGAAUGCAGAUGUUGGGAAGACAAGUGCGGGUAGUGAUCAAUUACGACCAUUACUGCGGAUGUUUGCUGCCCCUUGUCCUGAAUUAGAUAAUAUUUACAAGAUAUCUGAAGAGAAGAGUGAGUUAAGAGAACUACUUCUUAAGUAUCUUGAUUCCCCGACAGUAUUGGCAUCUUCUAAGCAGCAAGCACUUAAGGACAGUUUGAAACAAGGAAUUCUUAGUCAUGAAGAUAUUGAUGUGUCUUUUGAAACUUUCCCAUAUUAUCUAAGUGAUACGACAAAGAAUGUUUUGAUUGCUUCUACUUAUAUGCAUCUGAAAAGCAAAGGCUUUGGAAAAUAUGCUUCAAACCUCUCUUCAGUGUCCCCACGGAUAUUAUUAUCUGGUCCCGCAGGCUCCGAAAUAUACCAGGAAACUUUGUCCAAGGCACUUGCUAAGCAUUUUUCUGCCAGCCUACUAAUUGUGGAUUCUCUUUUGCUAUCUGGUGGCACAUCAUUAACAGAAGUGCACAAUGCUAAAGAAAGUGCAAAGCCUGAAAGAACACCUGCAGUUGCUAAGAGAAGUACUCAGGUUUCCACAUCACAGCACAAGAAAUCAGUCUCUAAACUAGUCUCUAGUGUUGAUGGGCAAAUUAUUGGUGGAUCCACAUUCUGUUCUCCAGGGUGGGUGAAACUAGAGACUAAUGUCGGGUCAUCAAAAGCCACUAUUCUUAAAAAUGGUGAUCGAGUAAAAUUUAUUGGUCACAUUCAUUCACCCUCAUCGCCACAAACUAGCAUAGUGGAUGUAGUGUACUUUGUGAAAGAAUUGUGUUUAUGGCUUCUUUCUUGUGCUCUGGCCAUGGAUAUGUUUCAUGCUUUCAUUGUAGUUUCCAUUUAUGCUUUGCAGAGAGACUAUUUUCUGUUUACAUUGCUAAUGAAACUUCUAUUUGUGUCAAUUCCCUAUAUUCUAAAAGAAAUUUUGCUAUGCAAUAAUGUAUAUGUACGCCUUGAGGGAGAAGGGGCUAAUCAGUUACUGCGGGAUGGUUCUGGAGGAGAUGACUUUGACAAGAUCGCAGUUAAUGAUAUUUUUGAGGUUGUCUCCAAUCAGAGUAAAAGUGCUGCACUAGUUGUUUUCAUUAAAGAUAUUGAGAAGGCGAUCAUUGGUAAUUCAGACAUUUUGAAGAGUAAACUUGAAAGCUUACCACAAAAUGUUGUUGUAAUUGGCUCACAUACUCAGCUCGAUAGUCGAAAGGACAAGACCACACAUGCUGGCAUUCUGUUAACAAAGCUUGGGGGCAAUCCAGCAGCAUUACUUGAUCUUUCUUUCCCGGAUAAGUUCACUAGAUUGCUUGAUAGGAGCAAAGAAAGUCCCAAAGCAGUAAAGCAACUUACUCGCCUUUUUCCGAAUAGGGUGCCAAUACAACUUCCUGAGGAUGAGCUUUUGCUUUCUGAUUGGAAGCAGCAGUUGGAACGAGAUAUUGAGACUAUGAAGGCUCAAUCCAAUACUGUCAGCAUUCGAACAGUUCUCAACCGAAUUGGACUGGAAUGUCCUGAACUUGAGACACUCUGCAUCAAAGAUCAAGCUCUAACAGCAGAAAGUGUGGAAAAAAUCAUUGGCUGGGCUAUAAGUCACCAUUUUAUGCAUUCGGCUGAGGGUUCUGUCAAAGACUGUAAGCUUGUGAUAUCUGCAGAAAGCCUUAAGUAUGGGCUGAACAUUCUACAGGGCAUUGAAGGUGAAAAUAAGAAUUCAAAGAAAUCGCUUAAGGAUGUGGUUACUGAGAAUGAAUUUGAGAAAAAACUGCUUGCUGAUGUGAUUCCUCCAAGUGAUAUUGGGGUCACUUUUGAUGAUAUUGGGGCUUUAGAAAACGUGAAGGACACCUUGAAGGAGUUGGUCAUGCUUCCUCUACAGAGACCUGAACUCUUUAGCAAAGGACAGUUGGCUAAGCCCUGCAAGGGAAUACUGCUCUUUGGCCCCCCUGGUACUGGAAAGACAAUGCUUGCGAAGGCUGUAGCAACCGAGGCUGGAGCCAACUUUAUUAACAUUUCAAUGUCUAGCAUUACUUCAAAGUGGUUUGGGGAAGGAGAAAAAUAUGUCAAAGCUGUCUUUUCUCUAGCCAGCAAGAUUGCCCCAAGUGUUAUUUUUGUCGAUGAGGUCGACAGUAUGUUAGGAAGACGUGAAACUCCUGGCGAACAUGAGACUAUGCGUAAAAUGAAGAAUGAGUUCAUGAUGAAUUGGGAUGGUCUGCGAACAAAAGAUAAAGAGCGUGUACUUGUUCUCGCUGCUACAAAUAGGCCCUUUGAUCUUGAUGAGGCUGUUAUUAGGAGGCUUCCAAGAAGAUUUAUGGUUAAUUUGCCAGAUGCUCCAAACAGGGAAAAAAUUCUGAGAGUCAUCUUAGCAAAAGAAGAUUUGGCACCGGAUGUUCAUUUGGAAGAAAUAGCAAAUAUGACUGAUGGAUAUUCGGGGAGUGACCUAAAGAAUCUCUGUGUAACAGCAGCUUAUUGCCCAAUAAGAGAGAUCUUGGAAAAGGAAAAGGAAGAGAGAAGUGUAGCAUUGGCCGAGAACAGACCUUUACCUGGAUUAUGUAGCAGUGCUGAUGUCCGUUCCUUAAAGAUGGAUGAUUUGAGAUAUGCACAAGAGCAGGUGUGUGCGAGCUUCUCGUCAGAUUCGUUGAAUAUGAACGAGCUACUUCAAUGGAACGACCUUUAUGGAGAAGGUGGAUCAAGGAGAACGAGAUCUUUGAGCUAUUUCAUGUAAAGGCAGAGAAAGAAAGAAAAUCUGCUUCUUCUCCUUAAGUGUAUAGCAUUUCUUGGUUAGACAUUAUUACUCUUCUAUCACCCAAGUGGUGCCAACAAGAUCAGCCACCACUGGGCACCUUUGUAUCAUAGGCUCAUAGGUUUUCCCUUUUAUUUUACUCUCACCAAAUUUUUCAUAAAAUGGUAGUAGAUUUGUUAAAUAUUGUCCGGCAAUUAAGAAAAAGAAGCAUAAUUUUUUAGGGUCCUUA